UUGAAGUUAUUUACUCGAGCCUUUUGGAGCGUUGAGCUGGCGGAGGUGGCCAUGGCCAACAUCACCAAGAAAGUGUCGUGGUCCAGCCGAACCGACGAGUCCGGGGUGGCCAGCGAGGGGACCCCGCUUCUGAACGGCGCCGAGCAGCCCAGGCACUCCAGACAGCUGUCUGGAGGAGGCUCUAUAUUUCAGAUAGGCAGACUCAGCACAGUGGAUUUGGAAGAGGAGAUAACGACAGAGGAGGAUUCUUUAAGAGGGCGGCUCAAGGAGAUCCCUCACAAUGAGAAGCUGCUGUCACUAAAAUAUGAGAGCCUUGACUAUGAUAACAUUGAAAACCAGCUGUUUCUUGAAGAGGAAAGGCGGAUGAGUUUCAUGUCUUUUCGCUGCCUUGAAAUCAGUCGCUGGGUGAUCUGCGGUCUGAUUGGCUUCCUCACCGGCCUCAUCGCCUGUUUCAUUGACAUUGUGGUGGAGCAGCUUGCUGGGAUCAAAUACCAAGUCAUCAAAGAAAACAUUGUGAAGUUCACAGAAGUGGGUGGACUGUCCAUCUCCCUCAUCCUCUGGGCUGUCCUCAACUCUUCCUUUGUCAUGGUGGGAGCCAUCAUGGUGGCAUUCUUCGAGCCUAUCGCCGCAGGAAGUGGUAUCCCUCAGAUCAAAUGUUACCUUAAUGGAGUCAAGAUUCCAAGGGUGGUACGACUCAAGACUCUGCUGGUGAAGGUGUGCGGUGUCAUCUGCUCAGUGGUCGGAGGCCUCGCUGUGGGGAAGGAAGGUCCCAUGAUUCACUCAGGUGCUGUUGUAGCUGCGGGGGUGUCCCAGGGCAGGAGCACCUCCCUAAAGAGAGACUUUAAGAUUUUUGAAUACUUCCGGAGAGACACCGAAAAAAGGGACUUUGUUUCUGCCGGAGCAGCUGCUGGAGUUUCUGCGGCUUUCGGAGCCCCAGUUGGCGGUGUUUUGUUCUCUCUGGAGGAGGGAGCCUCUUUUUGGAACCAGAUGCUGACAUGGAGGAUUUUCUUCGCCUCCAUGAUCUCCACCUUCACUCUGAACUUCUUCCUCAGCAUCUACCACAACAAACCGGGAGACCUGUCCAAUCCGGGUCUCAUAAACUUUGGACGCUUUGAAAGUGAAAGUAUGGAGUACAACCUGUAUGAGAUUCCCCUGUUCAUUGCGAUGGGUGCUGUAGGUGGACUUUUGGGAGCUCUGUUUAAUGUACUUAACUACUGGCUGACCAUCUUCAGAAUCAGGUAUGUUCAUCGCCCGUGUCUUCAGGUGAUGGAGGCCAUGUUGGUUGCUGCGGUAACAGCAACUGUGGCUUUCACCAUGAUCUACUUCUCUGAUGACUGUCAGCCUCUGGGGCCGGACCACACUGAGGAGUACCCCCUGCAGUUGUUCUGUGCAGAUGGGGAGUACAAUUCAAUGGCAACAGCCUUUUUUAACACUCCCGAGCGAAGUGUGCGAAGCCUCUUCCACAAUCAGCCAGGAACCUACAAUCCUCUGACGCUGGGUGUGUUCACCCUGACCUACUUCUUUCUGGCGUGUUGGACCUACGGGCUCUCGGUGUCCGCUGGGGUCUUCAUCCCGUCUCUUCUGAUCGGAGCUGCCUGGGGGAGGCUGUGUGGAAUACUGCUGGCCUCUAUAACUUCAACCGGCUCGACCUGGGCUGACCCUGGAAAAUACGCUCUGAUCGGAGCUGCCGCUCAGUUAGGUGGGAUUGUGCGGAUGACCCUCAGUUUGACUGUCAUCAUGGUGGAGGCAACGGGAAACGUCACCUACGGCCUCCCGAUCAUGCUCGUCCUCAUGACUGCUAAGAUAGUGGGAGAUUACUUCCAGGAGGGUUUGUAUGACAUCCACAUCAAGCUGCAGAGCGUUCCCUUCCUGCACUGGGAUGCUCCUGCCACCUCCCACUGGCUGACGGCCAGGGAGGUGAUGAGUUCUCCAGUCACCUGUCUGAACAGGAUCGAAAAGGUGGGAACCAUCGUAGACACCUUGAGCAACACAUCGACCAAUCACAACGGCUUUCCCGUCGUCGUGCGGGUGUCCGAUAACGAUGAGCCAGCAAAACUCUGCGGCCUCAUCCUCCGCUCUCAGCUCAUCGUUCUGCUCAAGCACAAGGUGUUUGUGGAGCUGGCCCAGUCCCGGCUGACUCAACGAAAGCUCCAGCUAAAGGAUUUCAGGGACGCCUACCCUCGCUUCCCCCCAAUCCAGAGCAUCCACGUGUCCCAGGAUGAGAGGGAGUGCAUGAUGGACCUCACCGAGUUCAUGAACACAACGCCUUACACCGUCCCCCAGGAAACAUCUCUGCCCCGCGUGUUCAAGCUGUUCAGAGCCCUGGGACUCAGACACCUGGUGGUAGUAGAAGACAACAGGGUGGUUGGACUGGUGACCAGGAAAGACUUGGCCAGAUAUCACCAGGGAAGACACGGACUGGAGGAGCUCCAACUGGCUCAGACAUAGCACACACACACACACACACACACACACACACGCACACUCGCACACUCAUGAACUAUGACCACCUGAUGCCUCGGAGGCUGCUGAACCCACCAGCAGCGCAGCCAUAAAAGACGCCUUCAGAGCCAGAGAGAUCUGUUGCUCUGUAGAGAAUUAGAAUGAAAAUUCAAAUACCUGCCGCCUGCCCCCGUUAAUUAAGAAGGAUGCUGAGACGAGUCUGAUUUGCACCUCAUUCCAGACGUCUAUCAUUAUU